AAAUUCCUGAUCCCAAAUCCCCAAAUCCUGAAUCCCCAAUCCCAAAUUUCCCUCUCCCAGAAUUCCGGAGGAUGAGCGGCUCCGCGAUCUCAGAUCCCAAAUCCCAAAUUCCCCAAAUCCCAAAUUCCCCAAAUCCCAAAAUCCCAAAUCCCAAAUCCUGGAUCCUUUCCCAAAAUCCCAAAUCCCGAUUUUCCCGCUCCCAGAAUUCCGGAGGAUGAGCGGCUCCGGCUCCGCGGGCUCGGAUCCCGAAUUCCCGGCGGCUCCGGGCGGGCAGGAGCUCCCGGGCUCGGAUCCGGAGCCGUUUGCGGAAUUCCUGUGGAUGGAGAACGAGGAGGAUUUCGAUCGCCAGGUGCAGGAGGAGCUGCGGGAGCAGGAAUUCCUGGAUCGCUGCCUGCAGGAGAUGCUGGAGGAGGAGGAGCAGCGGGAUUGGUUCAUUCCCGAGCGGGAUCUGAAAUCCGGACCCGAGCGGAGCCAGGAGAUCCUGAGCAAAAGCUCCCUGAACCCGGACGCCAAGGAAUUCAUUCCCGGAGUGAAAUAUUGACCGGGAAGAGCCGGCAGAGACUGAUCCCCAUCCAGGGAAAAUCCGGGAAAAUCCGGGAAAAGCCGGGAAAAGCCGGGAAAAUCCGGGAGAGGCUCCGGCUCCCGGGAUCGGAUCCGGAUCCGAACGUUUUGGGGAUUUUUUCCCGGUUUUUUGGGGUUUUUAUUGGAGUUUUUGGGGGUUUUUUUGGGGUUUUUUG